AUGAACCUUGAAGAAAAACUAGACAUUGUUGAGGCAGCGGUGGAAUAUAUGGAUAUGACCAGUAACUUUGAAAGAGUAAAAUUACAGUGUUUGCACUACAACAGGAUGGGAAAAGAAAUGUUUCUGUACACAUUUAAAAUCCUAGUCAAUCUCGGUGAUGUCUGUGAAUUAAAUGCUAACCUUGGGAAUUGUAUACUUUCUACACCAGCAAUUGCCACCAGCCUUUUUCAGGAGGUAAUUUUCCAGAUGAUACAGCUGCUGUCCCUGUUACAAGAAGAUGUCACAUUGUCCCAGAUCUGUGUCAUACUGAGGCUGACUUCACUACCAAGCAUUCCUCAGCUGUAUGAAGUGGAGCAUGCUAAUCAGCUCAGUAUGUUCUUCAACAAAACAGUGUUUGUACAUCUGACAGGUAUUAUCCUGGGUGUGACAGCCACAUCUAAGUAUACACAAAGUACACGGUACACUUGUUAUGAUGAGGAGUGUGAGGGCCAAACUGGCUAUCACUUCAUCCGUGUCCACAUGCCAGGAGCAUCUGAGGAACAAACAAUCAGGAGCGAUUUUAAAUGUACUUUCUGUUGGAAACCUCUGAAGGAAGUAAAGACUUGUCGCACAUUAGCAGACAGGGUAAUAGCAGAGGUUGUUCCCAACACUGUGUUCAGACAUCAAAACAGCAGUCUAUACAAGUUCCGUGAACAGGCAAUCCCCAUUUACAUCAGAGGUGAUCUGACAAAAGACGUGGAGAUUGGAGGGUGCUAUGAUAUAAUAGGACUCCUACAGAAAACUCAGCAGGCUGAGAAUGAUGUCAUCGCAAUAGAGGCUAAUAACAUGAAAAAGAUAAACAUUAUGGAAAUGUGUCCAGCUAUCAGAUCAGCAGGUCUUCCUGAUGUGAUCUACAAAUUAUAUCAAGACAGGAAGAACUCCCCAUGGAGCUUUGUACUGAGUCUGGCUUUUUUCUUUGGGGGAAAUGUCAGUCCUUGUGGUACAUACCUAAAACUGAAGAUGUCCCUGCUGCUCAGCCUGAUGUCUCUUCCUCCAACACACAAAGUCAAGUUCCCAUUCAGACCUUUGCAUGUACUGGCCAUUGGUCAAGACACAUCCAUUCUGAACCAGCUGAUGUCCUAUGCACAAUGCUUCUCCAACAGAACUUGUGUUUACACCUCUGUCAACCACCUUGCUGGCAAGGUGUCCAAAGACAAGUAUGCAAGCUCUCAGUACUUUGUGGAAGGUGGACCUCUUUUGUAUGGAAAAAAUGGAGUGUGCCAUCUUGGUGACAUGUGCCGGUUCAAGAAAAGCAUAUGUGAACAAAUACAAACAACUUUGAGUAAUGGGAAAGUAACAAUUGACAUAGCAAGCAAGUACACUGGAGGCUUACCUCAGAAGAUGGAGCAGGAAUUAGGAUGUCUAGUGUGGGCUUACACAGAUCCAGUCACGGACAAAAAACCUCAGCAUUUUGAUGACAUUUUCAUGGGUUGUGAGACAGGCAACAUGGCUAAACCGUUGUUGGAUGUUUUCAGUCUGCUCCAAUUUGUGGACAGCGGAGACAGUAUUACAAGGGAGGAGGUAGCAGUGAGGUGUGCUGACCAGCAUCUAUUGUCGUGCUUAAAAAUGGACACUUCAGGGCAGACCCAAUCUAGUGAACCUCCCAUCAGUGAUCAGGACUUCAAACAAUUCUUAUGGCUAGCAUAUGCAGGUCAGCCUACGACAAGUCCAGAAGCUGACAGCCUAAUCAACAAGUACUAUGUAGCUAGCAGGAAAGCCCGCUCCUCCAGUAGCUGUGUACCUAGCAUCCCGGUAACAGCACUUCAAACUAUUUGCAGUUUAGCUAUUGGUCACACCAAACUGAGUCUGCGGUCAGUAGUCACAGAAGAGGAUGCACUUAUGGCCAUCAAGCUUUAUGAAGAAUCAUUAACUGCAAGGUUUGGUUAUUCAGUUUUGAGUGUUCAGCCAUCUCCUCACAUACCAGUCAGUCAAACCACUGAUUUCCUUGGAUGCCAGAAUGAUAGACAAAUGAAAGAAUUCUACAAGACCCUAGUAUGCUUCUGUACAGCACAAUCUUGCGUAGAGGAGUGA